AUGGUCGGAGCUUACGCACGAAACGGGCACGGCGAGAAGGCCGUGGAGCUCUUCAGAGAGAUGGUGGAGUCGUCGCGGACGCUCCCGAACGACGUGACUUUCACGACCGUGCUCAACGCCUGCAGCCAUGCCGGGCUGGUGGACGAAGGCAAGUACUUCUUCGCGCUCAUGGACAAGGUCUACGGGAUUGCUCCCAGUGGCGAGCACUACGGCUGCAUGAUCGACCUGCUGGGACGGGCGGGGCGGCUGGAGGAAGCCGAGCGGAUGAUCACUGGCAUGCCAUUCCCCGCAGACAAGAUCUCGUGGGAAACUUUGCUCGGGGCGUGUAAGUUACACGGUGACAUUGGCCGGGGAGCUCGCGUGGCGGAGCAGGCACUUAGAAUGGAUCCGGAGAAUGCUGCAAACUACGUGAUACUUUCGGAUCUCUAUUUUGCCAGAGGCGAGACAAACAUGAACUGA